UUGUUUCAGUUGCACGAGAUGACAGCGUCUUAUUCUGAGAUAUCGUUUGAUUCGCAAUCUUCGCCACCCAUUUCCGAAUUGAGAUCACUCAUUGAUUCUCCAGAUAUUGACAGCGGAAAAUUUCUAGAUGAUAAUUUAGAGCAAAUAGGAGGAGCUGGUCAUAGGCCGGAUCAAUUAAAUUUGAGAAGUAGAGACGGCAGUCCAACAGAAAUCGACGAUCUCGAUCCACCGAGUUAUCAUAAAGCUAUAGGUUACCUGCAGUUGGAGGGAAGAGUAAUGCAGGAUGGAGAUAUGGUGUUAUUUGUAACUGAAGAUCUGGAAAACAAGAUCAAAUUGUCGAGUCCUGUAACUAAGAAAGGAGACACUCCAUCAUUUCCGGGAUCACGAAGUUCAACCCCAUGCUUGUAUAGACAAGCCUUAACUCCGCAAUUACCACCUCUUGAUCAUAAUGUAUUAAACGAAUUAGAAAUGGAAGCUAGAAAAGUUGCGACCUCUGUGGACGCACUGACCGAAAAUUUAGCUGCGAUUCUACAAAACGCUUCGGCUCUCACAGUCGGUUGUUUAGAAACAUACAGAGAUGCAGUGUGUAAGACUUGUGACGCUGUGGAUCAUAAUAUAAAAUCAAUGUAUCAAUUAAUGGCUAAGUGCGAAGAACUGUCCAAAUCAAUGGGAUCAAUUUAUAAGUUAGCAGAGCAGAUCAAAGAGAUGAAAAGGAUGCUGGAGCUGUUUGAGAGCGCGAUGAAUCUGUAAAGCAGUAGGAGGAGAAAGAUGUUGCAUACUUAUCAAGACACUAUUGUGCGCUUUUAGAUUCAUGAUGAAAUGCAAUUGCACUGUUAAAUUUACAGUAUGUUAUGAAAAAUAUGUUGAUGUAUUAUACGACAAACAGGAUUA